AUGGGAAAGGCUCAAUUCCAGCGGGCGCCAGAGGACUGUGACUAUGGCACAGAUACCCCCUAUAUCUGGGCUACUGAAGGAAGUGUCCCUCGGCGGCGGGUGCGAAGCCGGGUGAAGACAUCUUCCCAUGAUCAGGAUACUGCGGUAUCAUCAGCAGAUACAUCUUUCGACCUGCUAGACAGGUUCGGAACAAAUGACACAACGGUCAACCCCAGUCCGGGCCUGGAGAUGAAUCAGCUGAAGCUCAUAGUCCAAUGGCAAAGGGAUACCUGCCGAGUCCUCGCACGGAAUGAAAAAACAAAGCAUGUCUGGGGGGUGCUACUGGUUGAUGAAGCCUUAAACACCCCGUUCUUAAUGCACGGCAUCUUAGCUGUGUCCGCGUUGCACCUCUCCUUAUCAGAAGACGAACCGCAGAAGUCUUUCUGGCUAGGGCUGGCAACAGCACACAAAAGCCAGGCACUUCCACAGUUUUUGGAAAAUCUCCAUAGUGUCGAUGCAGCGAACGCAAAGGCAAUGAUGGGCCUCUCUGGGCUGGUAGUUGCAUUUGCCUUCGGCUCUGCGUUGACGGGAGUCUCUGACGCCGACAAGCCCUGUUUAGAUACUCUACACAACGUGUUUGUCCUUUGCCGCGGUGUUCAGCAGAUUAUCAACGUUGCUUCUACUCUACGACACACUAACUUUGCUCCUCUCUUCGAUCCAACUCCACCACAGGUUGCCUAUCCCGAUCGUGCCAAAGAAUCGCUCGACCGCCUCGAACAACUUAAUACCGCACAUGGGACGGGCAGAGGACAUGAUACUGCUGCAUACGCACGUGCUAUUCAAGAGCUGAGAGGAUUGUCCGUUCACACGUUUGCUCAGCCAACUUGCAUGAUGCUGGCUGCGGGGUGGGCUAUCCGGGCAACCCCCGAGUAUCUCCAAUACGUGCAGCGACACGAACCUUUUGCGUUAGUUGUUCAUGCUCAUUACUGUACCUUCCUCCAUAUAGCGCGAGAAAAUUGCUUCCUUCAGUCAUGGGGCAGCUGCGUGCUCAGGGAGAUCUAUCAUCUACUGGAUUCCACAUGGAGACCUCAUAUCAGUUGGCCUAUUAAUGAAGUCUUUGGGGAGAAUGUGGCUUUGUGA